ACCGAGGAUGGCGGGCUCGGGCUUUCCUCGGUGCAGGCCGCGGCCUUGAGGGAGGUGCCCGCGCUAGUUCUCCCCAUCCUCUGAGCUCGCCGUGACGGGGGCUUGCCAGAAUCACUUCCGGAUCCCACGGGUACGACACAGGAAGCCGGAAGUGCAGGUUUCGGCUGCGGGAGAAGGGAAGGGCGACCGCUGAACCGGGACUUUGUUGGCGCGCAGGGGAUCUAGGAGGGCUCGCGGCCCGCAGCUCCAGCCCUUCUCACGUCGGACCGACUCUGCUGACAGACUGUGCCGUGGUGGAUGAGCAGGCAUCUCCGGAAGAAUCCGCUUUGUGAGAUGGUGCAGCCCAGUGGUGGUCCAGUGGGGGACCAGGACAUGCUGGCUGAAGAGUCUUCUCUGGGGAAGCCAGCCAUGCUUCACCUGCCUUCAGAGCAGGGUGCUUCCGAGCCCCUCCAGCGCUGUCUGGAGGAGAAUCAGGAGCUCCGAGAUGCCAUCCGGCAGAGCAACCAGAUGCUCCGGGAGCGCUGUGAGGAGCUGGUGCAUUUCCAGGUCAGCCAGAGAGAGGAGAAGGAGUUCCUCAUGCAGAAGUUCCAGAAGGCCCGGAAGCUGGUAGAGAAACUGAGCCUGGAGAAGCUUGAGCUGAAGAGGCAGAGGGAGCAGGCCCUGCAGGAGGUGGAGCACCUGAAGAGAUGCCAGCAGCAGAUGGCUGAGGACAAGGCCUCGGUGAAAGCCCAGGUGACGUCCCUGCUGGGGGAGCUCCAGGAGAGCCAGAGCCGCUUAGAGGCUGCCAACAAGGACCGGCAGGCUUUGGAAGGCAGGGCCCGGGCGGCCAGCGAGCAGGCCCGGCAGCUGGAGAGCGAGCGGGAAGCGCUGCAGCAGCAGCACAGUGUGCAGGUGGACCAGCUGCGCAUGCAGAGCCAGAGCGUGGAGGCCGCGCUGCGCAUGGAGCGCCAGGCCGCCUCCGAGGAGAAGCGGAAGCUGGCCCAGUUACAAGUGGCUUAUCACCAGCUCUUCCAAGACUAUGACAAUCACAUCAAGAGCAGCAUGGCCAGCAGUGAGCGAAACCGAGGCAUCCAGCUGGAAGAUCUGAAGCAGCAGCUGCAGCAGGCCGAGGAGGCCCUGGUGGCCAAGCAGGAGCUGAUCGACAAGCUGAAGGAGGAGGCGGAGCAGCACAAGACAGUGAUGGAGACCGUCCCGGUGCUUAGGGCCCAGGCGGAUAUCUAUAAAGCGGACUUUCAGGCUGAGAGGCAGGCCCGGGAGAAGCUGGCCGAGAAGAAGGAGCUGCUGCAGGAGCAGCUGGAGCAGCUGCAGAGGGAGUACAGCAAGCUGAAGAUCAGCUCACAGGAGUCAGCCAGGGCUCUGAUUGAGGAUAUGCGGAAGCGGCACGUCGAGGGCUCCCAGCCGCCUUUGCCCCCUGCCCCAGCUCAUCACUCCUUUCACCUGGCCCUGCUCAGCCAGAGGAGGAGCCCCCCCGAAGAGCCACCUGAUUUCUGUUGUCCCAAGUGCCAGUACCAGGCUCCGGAUAUCGAUACCCUGCAGAUACACGUCAUGGAGUGCAUCGAGUAGGGCUGGUGAACACAGGGCCACCUGUGGGUGACCAGACCAGGACAGUGUAAUCCGUGCUUUCCUCUUCCACCUGCCUGCUCCGGAAUGAAGGGCUAGUGCACAGAGUGGGCUGUUGCUUCAAGCCCCGAGAGCCAGCUUCUGCUGCAGCUCUUCGGGGAUUGCUGCUGUUUUUCCCCCUUUAGGGCACAUCACGCCCGGGGUAGGCCUGAUGCGCUGCCCUUCGUGUUCCAUCCUGUCUGCUUGAACCGCUUGCCACUGGGGCUAAUCCCUCUUCUUCCACUCCACCCCCGCCCCCCGCCGCCAGGGACAUCAGGAAUUAAGGCUCUUCCUCCCACCAGCCAGCUAACUCACCUUGCCUUAAACUCCAGGGGUAUCACAGCCGUGCUCAUUCUCGUGUUUGGUGCACAGUGUUCUGUCUUGUGGCCCCACCGUGGGGUAUUUAACCAGUCUGUUAUUCGUGCACCUUUGGGCUGUUUCCAGCCUUUUGGUUGCCAGAAAUCGUGCCCCAGUGAAAAUCCUGUGCCUUUGGGAUUGCCUCUUAGAAGAGGGCUGCCAGCUUCGGUGAAGGCGGUAGGUGGUGCUCGAGCAGGCGAGGACCUGUUUUUCCACAGCCUUGCCAAGAGGGGGUGUGUGGUCACUUCUUUGGGUUUUUCCCAUCCGCUAGGUGUGCUGUUCUCGAGUUACUAGUGAGCUUGAGCAUCUUUUCGGAGGUUUAAGGGCCUGUUCCCGGCUUUUGUUCCUUGUGUUUUAGGAGCUGUUUGUUUAGUAGCGGGAUUAGCUUUUGCUUGUGACGGAAGUUGCAAAUGUCUUUUCCCGGUUUUGAUUUUGCUACUAGUGUCUUUUGUUCGUAUGUCACCCCACAUAGCAGUCAUUUGUUUUCAUCGCUUUGGAUUCUGAGUUGUGACGGCGUCACGGUCCGACGGAAGGAAGCUUCACACACGUAGCUUUCUCGUUUUCCUUUUUCUGACAUCCGAGUGUGGCCUUAUCUUGGGCCCGUCCAAGAGGGUUGCUGCCCCGUGUGAGCCAUGCUGGCUGUGCUGCCUCAGGUCCUGGAAGCUUGGGAUGCUGCUCCUUGCACCAGCUGCGAAUGUCCUGGCCUUGGAGUGGAAGCCAUUUGGCAACGGUUGUCAGAUGGUGAACAGCAAAGGCAGAGUUAGGAGCAUUUCCUAGGAUGUCAAAGCCAUGGGCGUUAACCCGUUGUGGGCCGCACGUUAGAAUCAUCCAGGGAACAUUCACAAAACACCGGGGCCUGUCCCCUUCCCCUAGACCAGUUGAGUUGGAAACUCUGGGGCAGGCGGGACCAGGCCUUGGUUGAGCACCGCUGCUCUUUUGAACGUUCCCUUCCAGGAGGCUCUGCUGCCCACCCCCUUCCUUCUGUUGCCCUCUGGAUGAUCUCUGUGUAGGGUUCACCAUAGACUAGAUGGUAAGGAUUUUAAACUUUUCCAUUAGCCCGGAAGGAGGGGUCUGGUUUCUUCCUUUCCUGCUUUACUUAGGUUGAGUUUCCAGAACAACUGGUUGGAUUCCUCCCAUGAGGGGACCCAGCGCACCUGCCUUACUAGUUGUGACCCCUGAUCUUCAUGACCAGGGUUUGGGAGGUAGAGAGAUCAAGCACACCCCACCUGAAACCUCUGUGGCUCCCUUGGCUUACACAUGCACCCCACUUGUCUGCGGCACCUCCCUGCUGUUCGAGGCACAAGAGAAAUCCAAAUGACCAGUAAGCACAAGAAAGCAUGUCACUCUCACGAGGAGCUAAAACAAUGCAAACCCACACAGGAAGUAAAAAGCAAUGUUAAAAUAGCAACACAUCAAGAACAAGGUGCAGGGGAUGGACCUUGCUGUGUCCCCCUUCAGUGGAGGCGGGUUUGGCCACGUGGAGCAAGAGACUCAGAAAGCGUCCUCAGUCCUCUCAACGCCGAGAGACAGUCGGAUACACACGAUGACUUGGAGGUGCUCGCCACACCAUUAUUUGGAGCAGCCACCAUUGUGAGCGUCUCGUUACCCGGGCACACGCUUUGCAGUAUGUUGAGUGAAAACUGUGUGUAAAGUCUGACCCCAAUUUUGUAUAUACCUAGCUAUGUAGAAAAGUGAAAGCUGUAUGAACGUACACUGCUAACAUUUGGAUGCGUGUGGUGGUGGGAGUACCAGUAAUUUAAAGUUUUCCUUACGUGUUUAUGUAUUUUCUAAGUGCCUGUAAUUCGCAUGUCUUUUACACAUAGACAAAAUCUGUUACUGCAGGGUCUGCCUGGUGGUAAAGCGGCUCUGAGGUUUCAUCUGUGCCAGUCGCUGGGAAAGAGUUCAGUGUUGAUACCACUGUAUGUCAGAGAAUAGCACGAGGGACUGGCCAGACGCUUCCCGUGCGUAACCCUGUCGGACAGGAGGCCUGAAACACAGCAAUGAGGCUUUUUUCUUUUACAUAAAAAAGUGCGCCUGCAGCACCACCCUGCAUUCUCAACAGGAGGCCUUUAGAUAUCGGCAGACCACUGACACGCCGGCAGGGCGACGUCUGCGCUGGCUUUUCUGGCUGAGGACCAGGUGGAAAGGGAAGGACUGCUGACGGGUUCCUCCAGCAUAGCUUUGCCAAAGGGCACAGAGUGCCGUGGGAAAUCCUGUGGGGAGGGGACUGGAAGGGCCGGAGGUGACUUUACCUUUCCGGGUCUCAUUUUCCUCAUUGGUAAACCGGGGACAUCUACCUUUUGUUCAUCUACGAGAGGUGCCUGUGAGGUGUGCCUGGCACGUCGCCAGCGUUCAGUAAAUGGGUUUGAGAAACAAAAGAAACAAGUCUCCUCCCUUCAGUUUAGCACGGUUCCGGGGAGCUUGGGGCUGAGCAAAGCAAAACAUAUGGCCACGAGAUGGCACUGUUGCACCACAAACGUAGGGCUGACACGGACCGGUUUGCACGCGGUGGGGGGCAGUGCCACCAAAGGCUAGUGGUGGUGGGGAGGAGGGGCACAAGAAGGGGAAGAGGGUAAGGGAACCCCCAGAGGAGAGGGGAAGUGGAGAGGGCUUGUCUAGGUCGUCUUGCUCAGCAGUGAGGUGGGGAGUCUCGGUCAGAGUGCUCAUACGGACAGCAGGGGCUUGGGGUCUGUAGACCUAUAGGGUUGAUCUUGGCUAGGGCUGGCAGAUUGUCUCUCAGAGCCUCCAGAAGGAACCAGCCCUGCCAACACCUUGAUUUCGGACUUCUGGCCUCCAGAACGGUGGGAGAAGAGAGUUCUGUUGUUUUACGCUGUGCAAGUAUGUGGUGCUUUGUUAUGGCCGUCAUAGGAAGCUAAUGCAGUUGUGAGCGGCAUGGUGAUAUGAUCUGACUUACACUUUUUAAAUUGGCCAGGUCCAUUUUACUGUUUUUUUUUUUCUUUUUGUGGUUCAUGUACUGUAUCCCCUAUGUGAAAUCUUUGCCUACCCAAAGGUCACAAAGAUUUUUCUGCUAUGAUUUCUUAAAAGUUUAUAGUUUUAGCUCUUACAUAUAGGUCUACAACCAUUUGAACGUAAUCUUUGUGUACGGCAGGAGGUCAGUGGCAACGUUGUCGAACGUCAGUGGAAAAUGUAUGAGUGGGUCUACUUCUGGACUUGCAGUGCUGUUACGUGGAUCUGUAUGUCUACUCUCACACCACUUCCACAGCGUCUUUAUUAGUACUGUAGAUUCAUAGUAAGUCUUGAAAUCGGGCCACAUUAGUCCUUUAAUUUUGUUCUUAUUCAACAUUAUUUUGGCUAUUGCAGGUUUUAUGUAUUUCCAUAUGAAUUUUAGAGUCAGCUAGUCAGUUUCUACAAAAUGCCUGCUGGAGUUUUGAUUGAAUCUGUAAAUCAGCGUGGGAAGAGCUGACAUCUUAGCAGUGUCGAGCGUUCCGGUCAUGUUCAUUGAUGAACACGGUCUGCGUCUGCAUCUGUUAGGUUCUCUUCAGCGUCUCUCUCAUCAGUGUUUCAUAGUUUCCAUGUACAGUGUCUUGAACAAAUUUGCUUAAAUUUAUUCCGAAGUAUUUAAGUUUUUGCUGCUAUUGUAAAUGGUAUUAAAAAUAUGAUCCAGUUGAUCCUUGCUAGUAUAUGUACGAUGAACUUUUUAAUUGACUUUGUAUUUUGAGAUUGUACUAAACUCCCUUAUUAGUUUUAGUGAUUUUUCAUAGAUUCAUUAGGUUUUUUUAUGUGUAUGAUGAUGUUGUCUUAACUGAAGCAAUUUUAAUUCUUCAUUUCCUGUAUCUGUCUUUUUAUUUCUUGUCUGAUUUCAGUAGCUAUUCAGUGAUAUUCAGUGACAGGUUCACUGUUGAAGAGAAGUGCUGAGGUGGAUAUACAUACCUUGUUUCUGAUCUCACAGGGAAAGCAUUCUGUUCAACAUUAAGUAUGAUGUUGGUUAUAGGUUUGCAUAGAAACCCUUUGUCAGGUUGAGGAAGUUCCCUUCUUUUCCUAAUUUGCUGAGUUUUUUUUUUUAAUCAUGAACUGGUUUUGAAUUGUGUCAGAUGUGCUUUUUUUUGCAUCUAUUGAGAUAAUAUGGAUUGUCUCUUUUAUUCUGUUAAUAUGGUGAAAUUGCACUGAUUGAUUUUGUAUGUUAAACCAACCUUGCAUUUCUAGGAUAAAACCUACUUAUUACCUAUUAAUAUAUUGUUUAACUUGAUUUAUACUUUUUUUCUUAAAGAUGUAUGUGUCUAUUCUCAUGAGGGAUUUUGGUCUGUGGUUCUCUUUUUGGUGAUCUCUCUUUGUCUGAUUUUCAUUUCAGAGUAAUAUUAUUCCCAUUUCUCUAUUUUCUAAAAAAAAUUGUGAGACCUGCAUAAUUUCUUCCUUAAGUGUUUGAUAGAAAUAGCAAACCAAACCACCUGGCCUGGAGUUUUCUUUGUGGGGAUGCUUUUAAUUAUGAAUUCAUUUUUAUUAAUUGAUAUAAACCUCCGCAGAUAUUCUUUUUUCUUCUUAUGUCAGUUUUAAUAAUUUGUAUCUUUCAAGGAAUAUGUCUAUUUCAUCGAAGUCAAACUUACUGGCACAAAGUUGUUCAUAAUAUCCCCUCGUUAUCCUUUUAUCUAUUUCACUGAUUUCUGCUCUUUUUUAAUAUUUCUUCCCUUCUGUGUGCCUUUUGAUUGAUUUGCUCUUUUUUCUAGCUUCUGAAAGUGAAAGCUUAGGUCUUUGAUUUUGAAGUCCUGUUACUUUCUAAUAUAAACAUUUAAAGCUAUAAAGUUUCCUCUAAUCAUUGCUUUAGCUGUAUCCCAAAAUUGUUUAUGCUGUGGGUUUUUUUUUUUUUUUAUCAUUUAGCUCAAAACAUUUUCUAAUUUCCCUUAUGAUUUUUCCUUUCACCCAUGGAUUAUUUUAAUAUUUUUUUGUGAUUUUUUUCCAGAUUAAAAAAAUUGAUUUCUCAUUAGAUUCCAUUGUGUUCAUAGAACAUACUAGGUAUGAUUUCAGUCCUUUUAAAUUUAUUGAGACUUGUUUUAUGGGCUGUCUUGAGUGAUGAUUAUUGGGAAUGGACGAUGUGCACUUGAAAAGAAUGUGGAUUCUGCUUUCGUUGGGUGGAGUGUUGAAGCCCAUUUGGUUGAUAGUGUUUUUCAGGUCAUCUCUAUCCUUACUAAUUUUCUGUCUACGUGUUCUAUCAAUUAAUAAGAGAUGAGUGUUGACAACUCUUUAGGGGGUUUUGAGCAGAGGAGUGGCAUGAUCUAUGUUUUAAGAAGAAUCCCUUUGGCUGCUGUGUGGAGAAUAGAUGAGGAAUUGUUAGGUGCCGUUGAGUUGGUUCCGACUCAUAGCGACCCUAUGUACAACAGAACAAAACAUCGCCCAGUCCUGCAUU